CGGAGGGCGGUGGGGGUGUCGUCCGCCGGGGAUAGCUGGGGACCGCUUUGGCUGCGGGCGGCGGCGGCGGAAAGGGAGCAGCAGGGCGAGGGUGGCGGCGGCCAGUGGCUCGGCUCGGCUGGGUAGAGCUGCUGCCGCCGUGGUGGAUGUUUCCAUGCUGUUCGGUGCAUGAUUUAGAGGAGAGGAGGAGUUGGCAGCGGCGGGUGUCAGCGGCAAGGAGCGCGGACCCGCGCCGCCAGCGGCCCUGCCUCUUUCUCCUCGCCCCUGUGUGGCAUCGAGGCAGCUGCCUGCGCUUGCCCUGGGGCGCCCGGCGGGUGCUCUCGGGCAGAGAGCCCCUGUGCCCCCCGGGGCCGGUGCGGCGGCGGCGGGGUGCGUGUGGCUGUGCGUGCGAUUUUAGGGGGUGGGGGGGUUGUGUCUGAACCAGUUAGGAAGAAUGACUCUGGAGUCCAUCAUGGCGUGCUGCCUGAGCGAGGAAGCCAAGGAAGCCCGGCGGAUCAACGACGAGAUCGAGCGGCAGCUGCGCCGGGACAAGCGGGACGCCCGCCGGGAGCUGAAGCUGCUGCUGCUGGGCACAGGAGAGAGUGGCAAAAGCACGUUUAUCAAGCAGAUGAGAAUCAUUCAUGGAUCAGGUUACUCUGAUGAAGACAAAAGGGGCUUUACAAAACUGGUGUACCAGAAUAUAUUUACAGCAAUGCAGGCCAUGAUCAGAGCCAUGGAUACCCUCAAAAUCCCAUACAAGUAUGAACAUAACAAGGCACAUGCACAAUUAGUUCGGGAAGUCGAUGUAGAGAAGGUGUCAACUUUUGAGAACCCGUAUGUAGAUGCAAUAAGAAGCUUAUGGAAUGACCCUGGAAUUCAGGAGUGUUAUGAUAGACGACGGGAGUAUCAGUUAUCAGAUUCAACUAAAUACUAUCUUAAUGAUUUGGACCGCAUAGCAGAUGCCACCUAUCUGCCAACUCAGCAAGAUGUGCUCAGAGUUCGAGUCCCAACAACAGGGAUCAUUGAAUAUCCAUUCGACCUACAAAGCGUCAUUUUCAGAAUGGUGGAUGUAGGAGGCCAACGAUCAGAAAGAAGAAAAUGGAUACAUUGCUUUGAAAACGUCACAUCUAUCAUGUUCCUAGUAGCUCUUAGUGAAUAUGAUCAAGUGCUUGUGGAGUCAGACAAUGAGAAUCGAAUGGAAGAAAGCAAAGCACUCUUUAGGACAAUUAUCACAUAUCCAUGGUUCCAGAACUCUUCAGUCAUUCUGUUCUUAAAUAAGAAAGAUCUCUUAGAGGAGAAAAUUAUGUACUCCCAUCUAGUUGAUUAUUUUCCAGAAUACGAUGGACCACAACGGGAUGCACAAGCGGCACGGGAGUUCAUCCUGAAGAUGUUCGUGGAUCUGAAUCCAGACAGUGACAAAAUUAUCUACUCCCACUUCACAUGUGCUACAGACACAGAGAAUAUCCGCUUCGUCUUUGCUGCUGUCAAGGACACGAUUCUACAGUUAAACCUGAAGGAGUACAACCUGGUCUAACUGUGCCUAGGAGGCCCUCCAAAACCAACUUUGCGUGAUUGAAGAUAUACAAGAGGGACUGUAUUAUCUGUGAAAACAAUUUGCAUAAUACUAAUUUAUUGCCGGCCUGGACUCUGUGAAUGUCCACAGAGUUUGUAGUUAAUAUUAUGAUUUUAUUUAAACUAUAUGGAGGAAAAACAAAAGAUGCUGAAGUACAUUCACAGCACAUUUCCUCAUUUUUUAGGCGAAACCUUGUGACUCAAUGUGUUUUAAAUUCUCAGUCGUACAUUUUCAAAGGAUAGCAGUUUUUUGCUAUUGAAACAAAAUCAAGCUGGUUUCCUCUUUCCCUGACCCUUUCUCUCUCCUCCUCCUCCCCCCCUUAUCUUUUACAAGGUACAAUGGCCUUUUUUUUCCCAGUUGCAUUCCUGGGUGAAAUAUUUUCUGCUGAGUGGUUUGGUCAGGAAAAUACCAUCAUCAGAAUUUAAGUCAUCAGUUAUUCUAAAUUUACAGUAUGUACUUUCUCUGAAGGAUAAAAAGUAUUGAUACUGUGAUUUUUAAAUUCUUCACUUGAGUGUCUUCAUUCUGUCUUACUUUUGAGACUAGAGUAUUGGGAUUGCAAAAUAGAGUUACAAUUAUCUAAGAAUAUUAAAUUUAACCAUAUUUUCACAGUUUGGAACGAUGCACAGAAGACAGUAAUGAAAUAAUUAAGACACAACCUGGGAUGUAUGUGGAAUAUGUUCGAAUCUCUUUUUAAUUGCCAUGUGCCAUUUUUUUCUUUCUUCCUUUAUUCACAAAUGCCAAAUAGAAAUGUCAUAGACACUACAUUUUCCCCAGUGGCUACAGCCUGCAACAGUGGUGGGUUUUUUUUCAGUUGUGUGGAGGUUUUUUUCUUAAGUUAGAGCUUUUAAAGUGUUCUUUUUCCACAGUAGAAAUUUUGUUGUUGUAUAAAAUAAUGUUGCCAAAUCUGGCUUUUUAUAAAACCAAUGCUCUUGAAACAUAAGAUACUGAUUGAAAUGCCAAACUGCUGAUGGGUUGGGAACUGACCUGUUUGAGUCAACUGCCAAAUGAUAAACACAGUUUCAGCUCAUAUGUUCCCUUUUUUAGAAAGUGUUACAUUUUCUAAUGCCAAAACCAACAGUGUGAAUGAAUACGCUAUGAGGUGCACCAUGCACACAUAUGUGGUCUAUUAAAGACAGUUUAGAUCUCUCCUUAUGUCAGAUAUGACAUGAGAUUGUUUUCUGUAAUAAUAUCAAGGCAUCUUUAGUUGUGUAACAAGAAAUUAUUGAUGAGAGAUCACGUUCAGGAACCUUUCUUGAUAAGGUAGCUUGUUAACUAACUGAUUCACAGACAUCUGAUAGGCUAAUGAAAAACAGCCUCUCUCAACGUUUUUAGAAAAGAUUAAUUAAUGUAAAUGAAACAGUGAGAAAAUAAUUCUUGAAAAUUAAAUGUGCAAUUUUUUAACAACAAAAAUGCAGCACACAUUGGUGAGCCUUUAUUCUGCAGCUUAGGUUGAAAGGUGUUUUUUGACCAGGUGCAUGAUUGAUAGCAAGCUAUAGAAAACAUGCAAUUGGAUUGAUUAUCUGCAAUGCCAAGUAGCGCUAGAGUGCAAUUAACACAGAAAUUACUGCUGUCUCAUAGCAGCAGAUGGGAGCUGGAAAAAAGAAUGGCUUAUUAGCUGAUUACCAAAAUUAACAAUAAAUACUAAUGAGAUGUUUUUCAUCCUUAACCCUCCCAACUCCAAAACAACAAUAAUAAGAACAGUUGCUAUGUUUUGCUCCCUCUUAAAACACCUUGUAAUUUAAAACUGGUUGUAGGUAUAGUGCAAUUAUGAAUGCUAUAUCAUUGUACAUACAUCUAUAUAUAUAUAUAUGGCAGCAUCCAUAUUGGCUUUGUAAUCAUUAAUUUUUGGCAAAUUGAAUGUGCUGUAUUGAUAUGUAUCUAUGUAAUUGUAUUGUAUGUCUUAUAGCUAAUUCACAUUUUAAAUAAUGUUAUUUUAUUUACUUUUUUAAGAGAGAAGAAUGUAAAUUUUGUCAGUUUAUUUCUGACUAGGGAUUUGUUGUUUUUUAUUUACAAAACAAACAAAAAAAUUACUAUAGUACAGAGCGGUACUAGCAUCGUGCUCUAUAAAAUCAUGUGCACAUUCCUGAACAGAAGUAAAUUGGAGGCAUCCAGGCAGAGGCCAUUCACAUUCAAAGUAAUGCUAACAUCUUGUCAGGGCUUUAUGCAGGUGUAGAAACCAGUUGUAUUAGAAGAACUUAUGCCAUUAUAAGCCUUUAAAUAUAAAUGUAAUUAAUAAUAAUUUAUAUUUGGCAGAUUCAUGUUAGGUUACUCUUACUUUUCUAAUAAGUUUUAUUAGAAAAGUAAUUUAGAGAUACUUCAUUGUACGUAAGUACUAAUGAGUAUAUGCUGUUGCCCUAAAAAUACCAUAAAAAAAUACAGAACAUGAGAUCAAUCUAAGUCUUUCAGAAACUGCAGAAAGCUUAUAUAUAACAAUAACAACCAAAAAGUCACUAUUGUUAAUAAGGAGUUGAAGCAUUUUAUUUAAUAAAGCUAAAGCAGGUAGAUCUAGGUUAUAAAAAGUGACACUGACAUUCUGAAUAGGGGAUCAGAGCACUGACUUUUACACACACCAUAACAAAAUUGAAUUUUGCUAUAAAUGCAACACAGCUUCUAUUUUCACAGUUCCACUGCUGAUAAUAUACCUUCUUAUAACCUGGGAAUACAAUCCCCAUGCUGGAUUCAGUGCUAUAAAUGGAACUGUAGCCAAAAAAAGAAAAGAAACAAAACACACAAAAAACCAACCAAAACCAAAAACACAGACAGUGGUGUCUAACAAAGGUUUGGGUUUCUUUGGUUUUUUUUAAAAUUUGUUUUGUUUUCUUAUGGGAUAUUGGGUGGGGGAGAAGGAAAUGUUCUGAGUUUUGUAUAAAACAAAACAAAAUUUUACUCAUGCUUUAUAGUUAUAUUGUGAUUGCAAAAGUUUUCAAGAGUGUGUGCCACGGGGCUACUUCUGGUAUAUUUUAGGUAAGUUGAACCUGUGGCAAUGUUUAGAUCAUUUCAGCAUGUUCUGAAAAAAAACCAAUAAAUAUUCGGCAUGCCAAGGCAAGCUUUACAUAAAUCACCUAACACAGCAUUGCAGUGUGACAGUUUACAAAAACUUUUCCUUUUUAAAUGACACAGCUGUUCCCACUUGCAGUAUAUUCUGUUGUGGUGGUGGUAGUGGUGGUGUUGCUGUUGUUUUAAUUGGUGGUUUCUACUAUGCCUUAUAGUGCUUGAGUCCAGAAGUUUGUGCCUCUAACAUUAAGCUGAAGGCAAAAACAUCAAGAGAGAAACCCUUUUAACUUUGCCAAAAUUACAUUAUUUCUUUGAAUGUCAUAAAUGGGGGAAGAAGGAAGGAAAAUAUCUUGGGAACCUGUGUAUUCUAGAUGUUCACUAGCACAAGAAAGCUGUAAUACAUGUUUUACAGAAACCUUAAACUUGCCUUUUUCACAAAUUAACUGGCACUGUCCAUAUAUAGGAUGAUGCAGCUAUAAGGGCAUUUUACUUUUUAUAAUUCAGACUCUUUUGAUUGUCAAGGUGUAUGGACUGCGAUUUUUAAUCAUACUGCCACAUGAUUGUGAAUCACUUUUUAAAGUUUGAAAGUGGAGAAGAGACAUUUUAUGCUGAGUUUCAGUCAGAAUUGACUGCAUGAUUUGCAAAAACUCUAAAUGGGGGGAAAAGGGCUGCAUAUAAAGACACUGCUAGACUCCCAGCCUUUGAUUUUAAGGUGCAGAAGACUUUCAAAUUACUCAACCUCAUUACCUUUUCUUUCCUUGUUACACAUUCUUCACAAAAGAAUGAAAUACUGGGAGAAAUUAAAAACAUGUUAAGCCACCUGAAAAAAUAAAAUUUAGCCAAUUAAUUUAUUAUAUGUGCUGCUGUUCUUGGAGCUCUGUGCAUGGUUGUCCUGCAGACUAUUACGUUAGUGAACUAAUGAAGUGUGCACAGCGUAUUAACAAGUCCUACAAAUUACCUACCUCUAGCUAAGAGACCAGUAAAGUAAAUACACUUUGGAGAGACCAUCAUAAGUUAGGGAAUUAAAAUGUGCUGGCGCAGGUGAUUAACUACGGUAUUUUAGAAAUUUACAUUUUUGUAAAUACGGUCCCUCUUUUAACAUAAACCACGAAUUAGAAAAUUUAAUACACAUUAAACAAAUAAAGCCAUCUGUCCCUGUCCAGUCUGUUGAGUAGAGAUCUUGCAAAACCAUAUAUUUAGUUUGAGUAGAGGAGCUACUGAUACUUCCUCUUUUUUGGCUUUUGGUUACCCAUAAUGUUUUAUCAAUCAAACCAAAAACGUUUCUACAUAGUCAACAACGCAUGGAGCGUCACUAUUUAGAUAGUUAAAGGGAUUUUACUUUAAGUUUCACUCAAGGGAAGAAAGGAAAGGAGGGCAAUUUUUGAAGGUAGUAUGAAAAAUAUAAAGUCAGCUGGAAUCCAUUUUACCAUAAAUCUGUUGGUUUGGGGUUUUUUCCUCUCAAAAUACAGUCUAAGCUGAAGUCUGUUGCUGGAUUCCUCAUUUACCAUGCUGCAGGAAAUCCGUGUUUGACCAAUUGUUUUUUUUUUGAGGGGCUGUCAGAUACAUUUUUAAACUUGCAGUAUUUAAAAAUAAAGAUCAUAUUUGCUGUUCUUAAAGUGUCAAUUAAAUGCAUGUAUUGUGUGUUGUUUGAGGGACAUAAAUAGUUUUUUGGGGAAAAAAACUAAUAUUGUACAGUUCCUGCCCUUCAAAAAUGUUGCUGGUUAAAAAUACAAUAUUUUUGGCCAUAACUUUGUACUAUAGUAUCUUCAUUCCUUGAAAUUAAGCUUUUCUGAAAUACUAUUUGGGCUUACUGUUCUCCCCAGAUGCUUCUUAUUAUGAUAAAUGUUGGGUAGAUGUAUUAUUCCUUUAUUACUUUUUAAUUAAUAUGCUCUGUCAUCAUUGUCUAAAUACUAAAAUUUCCAGAAUUUCUUUAUGACAGCCAGAAAGUUCAAAACAUUUAAGGUUUGUAACAGUGGAGAAAGUCAUAUGACACUGUUAUUAAGGGGAGGUGGGAUUUGGCAUGUGUACAAUAGAAACUUAGAAGCAUGAGGGAAAAUAAUAGCCUAAUAAGUAAUAUCUCAGUAGUAGAAAACUUUCAGAGGUUGCAGACAGCAAGGUGAAUUUCUUAAGCAUUUUGGCUGUUUGCAAUGGUACUGCAAAAGCAGACUGUGUCUUCGAUCUUUUUGUUCGCCUGUGUGGUGACAGGAGUAACCGAGAGGUGCCUAUAGGUUGCUUUUCAGGAGCCUGUCUCCUAUGUGAUCAACAACCAGUGGAUCUCAAGUCUUAAUUACUGAAGAGACAGAAAUUCAGGCCAUUUGCAAAAAUUAGUUUAUUCUCUAUUAUGUGAUCACAACAGUUUAAGUAAGAUUCUUGUCCAAAUGGUUUGCCUAAGCAAGGACUUCAGUCAGUGUUUCCUGAUUUUUCUUUCCUGUUGCAGAAUGUAAGGGAGAGGGAUCAGUGGGGAAGGAUUUAUUUUAUCUUUAUGUCUCAGUGAAGAUAACGUCAACAAAAAUACAGUGUUAAGUGGUGAUAUUUAGAUACGUGAAAUAGAUGUAGAAACUGUAUCUGUGUGAUAAAUUGUGCAUAGUUGUGAUAAAACCUUGCAUCACAUACUAUGAUCGUAUCACCCAGUUGCCAACCGCUUCGUAGGAUACUGUUCCAAACACUUAGGAGUUCCAGAGUAUUUGUAGACUGACACAAAACACACAGUUGCCAUCUCCUCAGGAGCACAUCUGGUAUCAGUAUCUGGUGUCAAGGCAGCUGACCCUCUCUGGUAGCUCAUUGCUACAAAAGGACCUGCUCUUAAGACCUCCUCAGUUCCAGCUUCGUAGCUGCAUGGGGGUUUCCCAUUCCCAUAUGCCAGCCCUGCCCAACUGGCCAGCCAGUAAACUAGGUGAAAAACCCCACGAUAUUGCUCUUCUUGCUCAGCUGGUUUAGUAGUCUAGUUUUCAUGGGUUUCAGUCAGUUUAGCUAAUGAACAGUUUGGCAAGUGCUAAGCUGACUAAGCGGAAGUAGAAUUGCGUGGCCAGAAGGCUUAGAAAAGAAAGCACGGACAUUCCCCUCCCUUUAAAACCUAGGCCUGAACAGCACGUAGUCUCUAAAGCCUUUGUUUUAUGCACUUCAUGGGCUGUUAGGUAUUCUGGCUUGGAAGAUUUGCUCUUUUCAAUUUGAAAGGUCUUGAUUUCGUUUUUAUCCUGGAAAAACAUAAUGAUAGGACAAGGAGAACUUUCCUGCUCCCCAUUAAGAGUAAACAAUUUGUGUAUACAUGGACUAGACCCAUCUGUAGUCAGACUAAAGCCAACAAGUCACACUUGGUGUUAGGGGUGGAGAAAUAUAAGAACUGGGCUUUCAUUCAUUCACAGGAAAAAAAAAAAAAAAAAAGUAGUUCUUGUGCAUUUCCAGUAAGAUCUUAAAAUAUUUUCCGUCUUGAGGUAUUUAAAAUGCUGUGUCACUGUGCAUGACAUUCAAGGUUGACUGUGUCCUUGUCCAAGGCACUUUUCCUUCUCCAUUCACACUUGUCUAUCACACUGAGUAAUUGCUUCCUGCCAUUUAAAGAAAAUAUUUUUACAAUACUGCUUUAUGAAUGUACACUCUGGAAUACUUUCUGAUCCUUGUGAAUUAAAUGUAAAUUGGUCUGCUAAAACUGAACAAUUGAUGAAGUGUAAUACGUCUGAAGAAGACCGCACUUUUUGCUUAAUUUUAUUUCAUGUUCCUCCUGCCAUCUUAUUCUGAUUAUUUUUCUGUACCUUUCCUUUAUCCUGUUUGCCAUAAAGAGAAGGUUGCUUGAUGUAUCAGAUUCAGUUCUGGUAAUCAUUACAGAAUUGACAAUACUGGCUGAAUUAAAGACAAAUUGCAAAUAAGAAUAGCUUCAGAAAGUUCCUGUAACUGGGGGCAGAUCAAAUUAGCCUGUGGACAGGCAUUUCAGAAAACAAAACUAUAUAGUUGUAAUACAGUCAACUGAAGGAUAUAGGUUAACAUGGGCCAAACUGGGCCAAAAUACCCAUUUAAAUAUGUUAUUUCACAUUGUCAAUGGAGAACUGUGUUUGCUUUUUUUUCCUACAGUCCUAUAUGAGGUGGUUAAUGCAAUGAUCAGACUGGCACUCAACUGAAGAGAUGCAUUAAUUCGACCAUAAGUUCAAAUGUAUUCUUGCAGAGAUAAGUUAUUGCAUAAGAUUACUUUAUAUGAUGCUAACAAAAAAAGGCAACUUGCAUGCAGUCAGUAUUUAAUAUAUUGCACUUUUAUACAUUUAUUAUAAAGAGGAAUCUCUCUCCCUAAAAAUAAAAUUCCAUUUAUCUCAAGAUGAA